AUGGCCGAUGUGCAAGCUGAAGCUAAUAGCAUAGCGGCAGUCACAGCAUAUAAGCUCUUGCCGUUCUGUGCGGAAGAGCCCGAACUUUGGUUUGUCAAAACAGAGUCGGCAUUCCAGGCGAUAGGCAGCAGCUCAUUAGUCGCCCUAACUUCGUCAUCCGAGCAUCUAAAGGAGAAUCGGCUGCACGUACUCGAUCGCUCAUCAGGCAUGCGCUUCCAAAUCGACAGUGGCUUGGUCGUUUCCAUCAUUCCGGCUCGCAGUCAGUACAAGGUAACUAAGGACGACAUAUACCUCUUUGCAGCUAACGAGUCAGCCAUAAUGACGCAUGGACGUCGAACAAUCCUGGUAGACUUAAGCCUUUGGAGAGUGUUCCCGUGGUCUUUCGUCUUAGCCGACAUAAAAAUCCCAAUUCUCGGGACUGACUUCCUCAAGCACUAUGACCUAGUACCAGACUUAAAGAGACGCCAACGUGUUAAUGUUACGACUAGCCUUGCUGCGCCUGGCAGCAUCAAGAGCGCUAGUACGUACUCCAUCUCGGCAGUACGUCCUGUGCAAUCUGCAACUGCCAGUGAGUGCCUAAGACUCAUCAACGAUUUCUUUGAGCGUUGCGUGGCCAGGAAGGGCCAAAUUGUUGGUCCAAUGGCAAAAACUCAGCACCACAUCGUCAUAACUGGACCCCCAGUCUUUGCAAAACCUCGCCAAAUGCUGGGUGAAAAACUGCAGGCAGCGAAGGCAGAGUAUAGGGAGUUGCUUCCAGCGGGUAUCAUACGACCAUCGAGCAGUCCCUAUACCAGUCCGAUUCAUAUGAUUAAGUCGUCAUCAGGGAAGCUCCGCCCAACAGGAGACUACAGAAAUCUGAACACCUAG